CACACCAGGUCCACCAGGUCUGACAACUUGUAUCUUAAUUUAAAAAAAAGUCUUGGUGGAACGAGUAGUAUUUAUUGGUUUUAUUAAUCAUAUUCACCUCUGUUUCAAAAUGGAAGCUGCGGGCUACAAAGAAGGUGCAUCUAUGCUGCAGGCUCUGAUGAAAACCACUGAACAAGGACAAACUAUUUCAUUUCGAGGGAAUGAUGAGCAGUGUAGCAGUGCGCUGUUUAGUUCAGAGGUGAAAGUGGAGGUCGGAAUCACGGAUCACACCUCUGGGUCGUCGGCAAUCACAACCCGUAACAUUACCAAUUAUCCUUGGGACCAUCAUUACCUCUCUGGCAGUUUGGUUGUUCAACACUGCACUGGAGACUACUUAGCCUAUGCUAUUAAAGCUCCCCAGAAAUCAAGUGGAAUGGUGCGUAUUAUUCAUUGCAAGUCUGGAAACAGAGGACUGGUCAAAAACAUAAGAGGCAUGCUACGUGACUUGGCCUUCGCUCAUCUCAGCAACAGAGUCGUCUUAGCAUUUACAGACCAGUUUGGAACGUUGUAUGUCUGUGAAGUUACCGAGUCAACAACAGAAGGAACAUUAAACACGGAAAUGUUGUUGGAAGUAAACAGUGGAACCGAUAAGGCGAGCGACUACCACCGUGUCAUAUGGUGCCCCUAUAUCCCCGAUGAACAGGGAAGUAAUGAUGAUGGCGAUGACCCAGCUUACCUCUUGGUGCUUACUCAUGGACCAUGUGCAGAAAUAUGGAAUGUGGGUGUUGUUCUACAAGAAUACGGUGGUGGACAGUUACGUCGAGAUCAAGUAGUUGCUGGUUACCAGCUUAUGGAACAACAUUCUGCACCCAUCACUGAUGCUGCCUUCAGUCCAGAUGGUACUGCCCUGGCAACAGCUGCACUUGAUGGCUACGUAAAAUUUUUUCAGGUGUACAUGGCUGAUGAAGAGAAAUCACCCCGCUGCUUACAUCAGUGGAACCCACAUGAUGGCAAACCCCUUUCAGCUCUUUUCUUCCUUGAUAAUCAUAAGCAUCACAGCCCAGAUGUACAGUUUUGGAAGUAUGCAGUAACUGGUGCAUGCAACAAUUCAGAACUCCGUGUUUGGUCGUGUGAAUCGUGGCAAUGUCACCAGACUCUUCGUUUUGUCCCAGCCCCAGAAGCCCCUCCACAGACCUCCCUCACAUUUAAGGCCGCUAUGGAUCCUUCAGCAAAUUUCCUCUUGCUCUCUGAUAUACACAGACGGGUUAUGUAUGUAAUUGUGGUAUACCAAGAUGGCAUAAGUGGUAGUGGAUGUGGAGGAGGCACUAGUGGACUGACUGGUGCUGGCGGAACCUUCCUUAUGAAGAAUGGGGGCGGUGGAGGUGGUAUUGCUCGACUAGUGUCGGUGUCUGAACUACCUGUCCAGUACCCUACUCUGUCUCUGUCUAUAACAGAUGCAGCCUGGAAACCCUAUAAACGGUGGAAGCAUGAUCAUGCCCAUGACCACUCCCAGAAUGCACACGAUGAUGAUGACGAUGAUGAUAAUGAUGGUGGAGACAAUGUUGAUGUUGUGGAUGGUGUUGUGAUGCGAUGUGUUCUGAUUAACACCAAGUCCCUACAAGAAGCAACUUUAAGAUUUCAGCCUGCCACCCCACUUACUGGACACUCAAAUAUUGGCUCCCUGGACCUUAGUGCAUCUCAAGAUUCAAUUGUGGUGCGUGAUGGUCUGACAGAUCUGAGUAUGAGCUUAAGUACAUCAGUGUCAGAGGUAGAAGGAACAGUGAGCGGUGAUGGUGGGGGGGUAGAAGAACAGCCACCACCACCACCUCUACCCGAUGCCCUGACUUCUCCACAGAGUUCCAGUCUCUCAUCACAGCACAGCACUCUGCAGACACCAACUGGCUCUCAGCCAGCAAUGAACCUCCUGACACCUGACUCAUUCAGCUCUCCACGUAAGCCUGAGGAUUCUGAUCACGCUGAAGAUGGUAGUGAAGACGGGUCCAUCCCAAACAAGGUCACUCCAGUCCCGACCACCAAGUUUGAUGUGCCCUUUGAAGAGUUUGCUGCCUUGUCAUUAUUGUUACGCUGUGGCUCAGGAAAUCUCAUGCCAUGUAGUGACUCUGAAAACAAUAGUGGCCUUAGUAUACUGGGUUCAGUUGUGGCUGGAUCGUCUAAAUCACCGCCCUCUGCUGUAUUACCACCUCCUCCCUCUGGCACUCCUUCACCACAAAGUCUUCAGGAUAAAGUUGAUGCCCCCCUAGCCACCUCUGAGGCAGCUGUGUCAACUGCUGUGGGACGAGUGGGUACCAGUGCAACAUCUUCACCGUCAUUAGAAGUCCAGCAGAUACUUCACUCGGAAAAUGGGAAGAGUGAGGAUUAUGCAGACGAUGAUGAGGAUAUGCAAGCUGGAGAUGAAGUUGAGAUGGCUGAAGAUGAUGAUGAUGAAGAAGAGGAGGAGGAGGACGAAGACGAAGAAGAAGAAGAAGAAGAAGUAGAAGAACGAGAAUCACAUCAACAGUCUCACUCCCACCCUCCUCCUCCUCCUCCUCCAUCUAUGCCAGAACCUCAACCCAUGCCACAGCCACCACCAUCCCUAGUAAAACCUCCCACAUCUAUACCAUUACCACCACCAUCUUUACCUCAACCAUCACCACCACCACCGUCAAUGCCACAGCCACCGGUAUCAAUGCCACAGCCACCAGUAUCAUUGCAAGAGCUACCAGUAUCAAUGCCACAGCCACCAGUAUCAAUGCCACAGCCACCAGUAUCAAUGCCACAGCCACCAGUAUCAAUGCCACAGCCACCAGUAUCAAUGCCACAGCCACCAGUAUCAAUGCCACAGCCACCAGUAUCAAUGCCACAGCCACCAGUAUCAUUGCAAGAGCUACCAGCAUCACUGCAACAGUCACCAUCAUCUAUGUCACAGUCAGUACCACAACUCCUAAAUACUCUACCACAAUUGUCUUUGAGGCCUGCACACCUUCCGAGAUCUUCACCUCCUCAGCAGCCACCAACUCAUGAUGCCCAGCAGACAACUUCACAACCUCUGGACAUUUUUGCUUCAGUGAAAUCAGUGAAAACUUUACCAGCUCAGCUAACCUGUGCUCAACUUGAAGCAGAGAUUAAAGGUGAAGCAGUCACCUCAGACUCCUCUGGCUCUUCAAAUUCCUCCACUCAUCAAAGUAAUCUUCAGUCCAAACGACCAAGGAACUGUAGUUCUAUGAAUUGUGAAACUAAGUCAACAAACAGAUGUGCCCCUGAUGUAAGAAACCCAGGCUGUAUUGACCAGAACCAGUUCAAUGGACCCAUAACCCCAGAAGUGAGUGCAGCAGACAUAGCAGAUUUGAAAAACCUGAUGGUUACCUGUGUCAACUUAAAUAGAGAGCAGAACAAGGAAGUAAUGACUCAAACUCGUAUGCUAACUAGCAAACUGGACACAGCAAUUUUGCAAGUUAAUCAGUUGGCCAAACAGGUUGAAGAGAUGAAGUCAGCUCAGGCACAAGUCCAAAUGGAGGUGCCUCAUAUUGUGGCUGCUUCACUAAGGCCUCUGGUGGAGUCUACUUUAAGAACUGAGUUAAGAGGUACUGUCUUGCCAGGUGUUGUGAAGAGCUUAGAGCCUCUGCAGUCACAUGUUUCCCAAGAGAUGCAAGGACUACUCAAGACUGCUGAAGGUCAGGUCAUAGACUCUGUCUCCAAAAUUAUUCAUACAAGAUCAUUUUUGGACAACCUUGUUGGGUCAUUAAGUUCAGUGCUGGUGAUGACAGUGCAGAACUCCUGCCGAGAAGCGUACACCAAAAUACUUCUGCCCGGACUCAAUGCUCUUACUCAACAGAUCUUCACUCAAGUUAAUGAUAACUUUAGUCGAGGCACCAGAGAAUAUCUUCAAAAUUUAGAGAGUGAGGUACAAGGAGGACGGACAGCAGUACAGGAGGUGUAUAAUAAGGCUGCACAGUCCCUCAACUCUUCCUGCACAUCUCUAAACACACAGUCCAAGUCUUUACAAGAAAAUAUCACCAAACUGACAGCUCAACAGAAUGUGUUAACAGAGUCUCUCAGUGAGCGAAUACGGGGGUUGGUACGGGAAGAGGUCACACACGCUUUACAAGAGCACCAGGCAAUAGUUGAUGCCCGAAGUCGUGCCCAUACUCCUGCCCCAACAUCACACACACUUAACCCUAAAGUGGCACAGCAGCAAGUUCAAGCACUUAUUUCACAGGGACAAUUCAACGCAGCCUUCAAACAGGCACUGUCUGCAUCUGACUUGAGCCUGGUUGUAUUCGUGUGUGAGCGCGUCAACCCACAACAAGUCUUCAAUAUGACUCCGUGCCCACUUAGUCAAGAUGUCCUUCUUUCCUUGGUGAAUCAGUUAUCUCAUGACCUCUCCACCUUUACAGAUCUCAAGAUCAAGUAUUUGGAGGAAGCAGUUAUGAAUUUGGAUGCAUCUCACCCUGUAACCUGCGAGCACAUGAGACCAGUCCUCCAGGGAUUUCAACGUAACCUACACACGUACCUCUCUGCAAAUCCUAACCAUAAGAAGGUCAAAAUGCUUCUUAUGGCUGUCAACCACCUUGUUGCCUUGUAAACCAGUAUCAGCAUGUGAGGUGUAAAUACUUAUUUUUACUUAACCAGCGAGGUGUAAGUACAGUAAUGUAUCCUGUCUUUCAGGUGUAGAUAACAUGUGUGUUUUAUAUAAUUUGGAUAUCAUUUAAUUUCUCAUAUUUCAGUAUGUGAUUUGUUAUCCUUUGCACCUCUCAUGUGAAAUAUAAUGUACAGCAUCGGUACUUUUCUUGCAUUAUGUGGUGUGAAAUACAGUACAUCAUAAAUUUUUACUUGCCAAUAGCUCUGUCACUACUGAAAAUCUUAGCCAUUACUUUCUCUAAACCAAUUCUAUCUGUUAUCAAUAUGUAUCUGGCUUUUCCAUGUGCUGCAUCAUCUAAAGGGUUAAUGGCUUGAUUGUGUUCCUUAUAUUUUUACUUGAAUGAUUAAUGCUGUGAGCAUUCAGCCAUUUUGCAGAUAUUCAGGGAAGACAAAAUUUUAUUUGUUUUUGAACUUUUUUGUUAUUUAUUUAAUCCUCUCUAUUUCUCAUACUAGAUCAUAAUUUGCGUAGAAGAGAAGAAGUCCGUCCCUUGAAAAGGUUUAUCACACGAGUAGGUAUUUAGGUUUAUGCACAUUAAUAUUUUUGGUCAUCAUGGAGAACUUGUUGAUACAGUACUGUAUCACUUAGUAAAAUGAUGGAAUUAUCUGGCAUGCAUGAGGGUGGAAUUUCAUGAUUAAACUCAACAUAAUUUUCAGUACUGAAGAGCUCUCCUUAGUGAACACUUAACAUACUUGAUGUGUUCCUGAACAUUGGUUUUCCUUAGAUACACUUGUUUUAAACUGACUUAUAUCACGGAACAUUCCCCCCCCCCCAACCACAUAUUUUUACCCUGAAUUGUCUCUAAUAAUGACAGAAUGGUGAAGUAAAAGCAAAGAUAGUUAGAACUGUGAACAAGUGUACAAUAGGAAUGAUAUCAUGUACAGAGGAAAGACAAAGGAAAAGUGAUAAGUUUAGAUUUAAAAAUUGAUGUGUUGAGGCAUUUUGAAUAAGGGGAGCAAGCUGUGAAUAUCACUAGAGUCCUAUGCUUGAUGUUUUAAACAAAAAAGUUUUCCAUUCAAAAAAUUCAAAUUUUUUUGUUGAAAUUAAAUUUCAGUGUUUAACAUCAUUUGUGGCAUUUUCAUCUUUUUUUAUCUCCAAAAGCUUAGUUUGAAGUAAUUCUCAAUAUAUGACCUUUUCUUCUUCCCUAAAAUAUUUGUUCACAUUUUUUUGUUUUAAUUGAAAAACAGUACUGUACUAUUUAUUUAUAUAAGAAAAAUAUUAUAAAAACAUCCCCUCGGAACAUAACCCCAAUUAUAACAUUAGACUUGCAGUAAUAUUGGCGCGGCAGGAGCGUGACCGAGAUACGUUAUCAGCUUCAUUUUAUCUAGUUUAUUACUGUACCAACAACACAUGCUAAUUUUACCUCCUGAAUGACUCCUGCCAGUUCUACAAGAGCUUGUGGACUUGAGUAGUUCAGUAGUUACAGACAAGAAGAUAAAUUAUUAUUUGGAGGUAGAGAGGCAGCUUUCAGGGAAUUUCAUAGGGAUUAUUUUAAUUUUCUCAUCAAAAGUAAUAACAAACCUUUUCAUCUUAACCCUUUUAUGGUCUUUCAACACAAAUUGCAUCACUAAGCACUCCUGUGCCGGUGCAACUCCUCCCGCUCAGCUGUGUGUCACACUGAGAGCACCCCUUCUAUAAGCAGAAAUGUGGGAACAGUGGACUGGCCCUGUGAACCACACAAGUUCCUCCCACUAGCCCCGUGGGCUGGUAGAUGCAUCUCUUAAAGGUGAAAUAUGAGUUUGGAUCGCUCUAUACUUAUUAAAAGGGUAAACGUUCCUGUUACCGACUUGAUCUAUGUCGAAAGACUGCUAGGGGAUGAGAUUUCCGACCAUGGCCAGAAGUACCAGAGGGUCAGUACCACCAUAUGCAGCAGCAUCUAUUUUACUUUACAUUUUACUUUUUUUGCUCAAAGUACUGUAGGAAAUAACAAGAUAUAUUGUCAGAAUACAAAAUAUGUAAACAUAGCCAACUUUGAUCAUGCCCUAUACAAAACUAUCCAAAUAAAGCAAGAACAAAGGAAGUAGCACAAGUGAGGAGCAUCUGCAACCUUGUACCGGGGACUGGUCCAACAUGAGUCCAAUGUAUGCACCUUGGAAUAUAAAUAUACCCAUGUACGUGCAUAACAUAAAAUAAUUAGUACCGUUAUAAAAUAUACAUAUCAUUGAAUGUAUGUUAACCAGAUGCUAACUAUACAAUAUAUAUGAUAUUGAAAGAAAGAAUUCUUUCAUUGAAUACAAUUAUGUAGAUACUGUACUGUACUCCAUGUGGUCUUGCAGACUUUAUUAUUAGCAUCUCAUUUACUCUAUGGUGUAUUCAGCACUGAACAGUAAAUAUCUACUUAAAAUACUGCUUCUAGUCGACAUGCUUAUUUUGUCCAAAUAAACCCCGUAUUUGCGGUUGUUCAGCAUAAUAUAUGUACAGUGAAACCUAGAUCUAGCGGAUAUAGCACCUCCCGGAUGCAGCCACCACAUGGUUUUUGCGCCAAUUCAUUUGUUGGCAUCAGCCUAACAGUGUGGAACUCCCGCAAUUCUUUGUUGAAAUCUUUUAUUUUUGUUCCCUGACCAUUGUCAAGGUACUGUACCUGUAUUAAAGGCUAUUGAGGAAAAGAGGUCAGUGUAACAACUGCUAGAAUCAUGGAAGAGUUGACAUAACCAAACAAAGCAGUGUUGUACAUAAAUCAAAGCGAGGAAAAGCUUCAGGAAUUUUCUCUGAAGUUUGAUGUGAAUACUGAAAGUUCAAUGUCAUCUAGAAAAUUUUUAAAGCAUCCUAGUGAUACAGAAUUGGAUGAAGCCUUGUAAAAAUGUCAUCUUCAACAGUGCUCAAGUGGUGUUGAUGUUCAUGGUGUUGAAUACAGAAUGCUGCAGAAUCAUUUGAAAAUUCCUAAUUUUAAAGCAAUCACUGGUUGGUUAUGACAUGUUUUAUUUAAUUUUUUUUUAUUGCUGUGUGUGGCAUGUAAUUUUAUACUCCUGUCUAAUGAACUUUCAGUUCUAGUGGACUACCCUCACCCAAUAUAGGCCAUUAGAUGGAGGCUUCACUGUACAGUAUUAGGAAAUUAGAUAUAAUCAAACUUAAACAAAUGUUUUUUUAAAGGUGCUGUUAUUCCGGUGUAACAGAUUUACUAAUUGUGUUUUACUGUAUAAAGAUGAUCAUUGGUCUUGUAGAUGGAGAAGGUUUUGUAUUUCCUCUAACCAGGUUCAAGAAAAAAUAAUAAUUAGAUGCAGUGAUAUACCAUACACUUUAUAAAUAUUUCACAUCUUAUUAUCCAUACAGAGGAAUAUAUACAGUGAUGCCAAUCACCAAUGAUGGAUACUAAAGAUUAUGCUUUCAAAAUAGUUUUCUUAUUGUUUACAAAUUAUCUUCCAUAUAAAUCCAAUUUUCCAGGGUUUUGUGUCAUGUGAUACAGAUUAUUCUCUUCUUUAUUAAUUUAAAAUGCCAGAUAGUUUAUUUACAUGAAAUGCAAUAUUUAUUUGGUUUUACAAUUUGCAGCCCUUAUAAUUCUUUUGUUAAUAUAAAAUGAGGAAUUUGAUGCUAAGUUAUGAGGUUAAAGUCUCAUACAAUCUUUACUGCUUAUCAUUUCUCUUAUGUGUAUGCUAUGCCCUAUGUGCUUACAAAAUAAGUAAACUGUAUGACAUGUAAACAUGCAGCCUUGCUGGUUAUCAUCAUUCCAGAAGUACAUCAAAUUACCAGACUUCUGCAUAUCUAAAAUGUUGUUUAACCAGACUGAUUGAAUCAACUGCAGAAUAGUCACACCAAGGUGAACAUAAUAUAAGCUCAAUUGUGUGGCCAUUAAAUCAGCAAGGCAUUACAAGUUACUGGUCUGUGUUUUAUGAAUUAUAGAGGUUCUUUUUAGUGGUGCAUAUCUAUUAAAUGGAAUUUUCUUUCAGAUAUUACAUAAAAACAACAAAUCACCUUCCUAGAGUUAUGUGGACAGUGUGUUAAUGUAUAAACAUAUGGUGAAAAUAUAGAUAAUUUUCAUGUGUUUACAGUUUUUUUUGUAUUUUUUUGGCAAGAGACUUUUUUAUUUUUAAGUAAUAGUGAAUAUUGAAUUUAUAAUUCUAAGGUACUUGGUACUUCCACUUUACAGCCAUUCAUCAUUAUGCUAUAUACUGUAUAUAAAGCUCAAGUAUUGAAACAUAACACAUUGAUGAAUACUGUCAGAGGGGGCAAUCUCGGUCUCACUGAUUGCCAAUCUGGUAAAAAAAAAUUGUCAAGCUCAUUGUUCUUGUGACAUUAGUUUUUCUUUUAAUUUUUAGUCCUUUUUUUUUUUUAUUCAACAGUGAACAGAACUAUAAAUUGUUCCUUUUAAAUCAAUUUCUUGUUGCUGAUGUGUAACUUAAAACAAUAACCUACAAGGAAAUAAUGCCACUGACUUUAGGAGGUUGACAUACACCACUACUGCAUUUACUAUAGCUCUAAGUAUCACAAC